AAGUGAAAAUAUACGAGACUCCCGCGGAAAACCAAAAAGCUUGAAAACCCGAUCCCCGCCAAAUUCACAGAUCUAUGUACUUGUUUACCUCCAUUUCCACAAAAGAACAGAGCAACCCAAACCCUAAUCACGAAAACAAAAAUGAAGAUCCGAACGAUGAAGCUCCGAGAAGCCCACAAGAGCGGCGAAAAUGGAGAGAGCUCAUUGUGCUCCAUUUUGUGGGAUUCGAACGCCGACCACAUUGUUACGGCGUCCUCUUCUGACAAUUCAAUUUCCAUCCACGACGCCGUUUUCCAGUCUAACGCGCCUAAGUUUCUUCGCAACCACCGCGAGGGUGUUACGGCGUUGGCCCUCAGCCCUAAUUCCACCUGCCUUGCUUCUGGUUCCAUUGACCAUUCUGUCAAGCUCUAUAAAUUUCCUGGUGGAGAUUUUGAGACAAAUAUCACCAGAUUCACAUUGCCAAUCCGCACUGUUACUUUCAAUAAGUCUGGUACCAUUUUGGCUGCCGCUGGUGAUGAUGAGGGCAUCAAACUUGUCAAUACAAUUGACGGAACCAUUGCGAGAGUUCUUAAAGGGCAUAAAGGAUCUGUCACUAGCUUAGCUUUCGAUCCCAAAAGUGAAUACAUGGCUUCACUUGAUUCGUUUGGGACUGUUAUUUUCUGGGAACUGCAGUCUGGAAAUACAGUUCAUGUCCUAAAAGGUAUAGCUCCUAACAAUGGCUCCGAUGUUACGGUGAUGAACAUACUUGCGUGGAGUCCAGACGGAGAAAUGUUAGCAGUACCUGGUCUGAAAAAUGAUGUGGUAAUGUAUGACAGAGACACUGCCGAAAAGCUGUUUACCCUUAGAGGGGAUCAUUUUGAACCUAUUUGCUUCUUAUCUUGGUCGCCUAAUGGGAAAUAUAUGGCUACGUCUGGUUUAGACAGACAGGUUCUUAUUUGGGAUGUUGCCAAGAAGCAGGACAUUGACAGGCAGAAAUUUAGUGAAUGCGUAUCUUGUGUGGCAUGGAAACCUCUUGGCAAUGCACUUGCAGUUAUUGAUGUUACGGGGAAGUAUGGCGUGUGGGAAUCUGCUGUACCAUCGACAAUGAAAUCUCCAACUGAAGAUAUUCCUGGUUUAAGUUCGAAAAAUGGCAAUGGGUUUCUCUUGUUUGACGAAGAUGAAGCACCUAGUGUAUCAGGUAAUUUGAGUGAUCUUAAUGAAGAUAACCAUGGCGAAUUGGAGACACCUAGCAGAAAAAGACUACGUAAGCACUCUAAUUAUAGUGAUGACUGGGAAGAAGAUUGUAAUGAUGAGCUGGAAUCUAUUCCAAAAGUUGAAUCUCGUAAAAAGGCUUCUUAUGGUCACAAGGAGAAUCUUAACAGCAAAACGGGAUCAAGAAAUAUGAUGGUAACUGCUGGACCAAAAAUACAAGAAGCUUUUCAGGCAGGAGCUACUCCCGCAGAACCUGGAAAGAGGCGUUUUCUGUGCUACAAUAUGCUCGGAAGUAUAACCAAAAUGGAACAUGAUGGAUAUUCACAUAUAGAGAUAGAUUUCCAUGAUACCAGCAGUGGUCCACGUGUUCCUGCAAUGACUGACUAUUUCGGUUUCACAAUGGCUUCUUUAAAUGAAAACGGGAGUGUAUUUGCAAAUCCAUGCAAAGGCGAGAAGAAUAUGAGCACACUUAUGUAUCGUCCCUUUAGUAGCUGGGCGAAUAACAGUGAGUGGUCUAUGCGAUUUGAAGGCGAAGAAGUUAGAGCAAUAGCACUUGGAAAUGCUUGGGUUGCUGCUGUUACCAGCCUUAAUUUUCUUCGUAUCUUCACUGAAGGUGGUCUGCAGAGGUACAUUCUCUCUCUUGAUGGGCCAGUGGUUACUGCAGCUGGCCACAAUGACGAACUCGCAGUUGUCACCCACCUUUCUCCUCCUCUGCCCACAGACGAGCAGAUGCUCGAAUUUAGAGUGUUCAACAUUUCUCAUGGGACACAAUCCCUCAGGGGAAGACUUCCGCUCACUCCCGGGUCAUCUUUGACAUGGUUUGGUUUCAGUGAAGAAGGUCAACUAAGUUCUUUUGAUUCGAAGGGUGUCUUGAGGGUGUUUACAAGUCAAUAUGGGGGUAGUUGGCUCCCACUCUUCAGUGCUAGCAAACUAAAGAACUCCGAGGAAAAUUAUUGGGUUGCUGGAUUGAAUGCAAGCAAGUUAUUUUGCGUUGUGUGCAAGUCUCCUGAAUUAUUUCCACAGUCCACUCCCAAGCCAAUCUUGACCUUGCUAGACCUGUCAUUCCCGCUUGCUUCUUCUGACCUCGGUGCAGAUACCCUCGAAAAUGAAUUUAUGAUGAGCAACAUGCAUCUCUCCCAGAUUCAGAGAAGUAUAGAAGAAAGAGCAGCUUCUGGACUUGAUACCACCUCGCUUGAUGACGAGUCCUUCAAUCUCGAAGCUUCAUUAGAUAGAUGCAUCUUGAGGCUCAUUGCAUCCUGCUGCAACGGGGACAAACUUGUGAGAGCAACUGAACUUGGAAAACUCCUCACACUAGAGAAAUCAGUUAGAGGAGCCAUAAAACUCGUGACGGCAUUAAAGCUACCAAAUUUGGCUGAGCGCUUCAAUAACAUACUCGAGGAAAAAAUGCUCAGUGAAACAGUCGGGAAAACGGCACUACCAAAUAGCAGUUCCAUGUGUAAUGUUUCGACCAAACAUGAUGUCAGCAGUGCACCAGAUAUCAGUAAAACAUCGCAAGGUGUUAGUGCACCUCCAAUGCACACAUUCCCAUCCACUUCCUCCAUAAGAAAACAAAAGGCCGACGAAGGAAAUGGAAAAAACGAACAAAAUCAUAUUGUGGCAUCAGAAAAAACAACCAGUGUAGUAGAAACUAAGAAGGUGACAAAGGUGAAUCAAAUAAAUCCUACCCGCCCGUCAAACCCGUUUGCCAAGUCAUCAAGCAACCAAGAAAAUUCGUCUCUGUUUGAUUCUCUCAAGAAGAUGAAGAAGCCUGACAUUAAAGGUAAAUAAUACAGCCCCUUGUACUGUGGUCGUCGUGUUUUAUUUCCAGGAGAUUGAAGCUUAAGGAAUAAGUAAUAUCAGAAUAGUUCAAUUUUUCUUUAAUUAUAUCACUAAAGGGAAAACAAACUGUGAUGGUCUUGUAGAUCAUUUGUACUGUUAUUACAUGUAUUCAUAGGAACUAUGUAACUAUAUGAAUAUUUCAAUUAAAGGUGUCAUUAUUGCAAGAAAAUAUAACACUAAUUGUCUGUUUCACAAGGA